AUGGAGUCUCUCGAGUCCCUCGGGUCUCUUGUGCCUCGAGACCUCAACGCUUGCACUGGGACCAAGCAGUGGUAUGUCUGCACGGCAGGCAUCUUUCAUGGAUGCUGCUCAAGCGAUCCAUGUACAACGGGAAUUUGUCCGGACGACAGCGACAACGACGACUCGAGCACCACACCGACCAAGUUGUCUACACUCUCGUUGACGACAGCUGGGCCCAUUGCUCGGUUGCCCAGCGUGACGCCGAGAACCACAACUACUUCCUCUAUGUCCUCUUUUUCAGAACCAACUACCGUUUUGUCAACGGAUCCGUCUACGAUGGCACCCGAGCCUUCUCCAACAGCUUCCUCUAUCACUUCAGGAACAUCAACAGGAGCAGGUAUUAUUGCGUCGUCCUCGGUUCUGGCCGCUAGCGCGUCUCCAUCCAGUACCUCGCCCACCACCCCAAAUGCUACAUCCUCAAACCUGGGCGCAAUCAUCGGCGGUGCUGUUGGAGGAGUUGCCGUCUUGGUCAUAUGCGCCAUUCUGCUUUUCUGCUGCUGCCGCCGCAAAAGAAAAUAUGGAAAGCGUGAGAAGGGGACAAGUCUCGUCUCAUGGUACUCAUACAGAUUCACGCGGAAAGAUCGAGCAACUGCGUCCGAAAUGAAAGGGCCUCUAUCCCCACCAGACAGCGAAGCAAAUAUAGACUCAUUCAGCGCUGUCUCCCCAUUCACCAUGGAUAACACGCGGGCAAGCCCAAUUCUCACCCCAGACCUAACAUUGGUAUCAUCGUCAACAAGCCUUAUCUCACACUCUCCCCAUAAAACGCCCCCAGUCCCCCCAACCAAAGCGCACUCAAACGAGCUCGUCGCUUCCGUUCCUCCCCGGCAAGGAUUUACCCCAGAGCUACAAGACACGGGCUUCCAUCGCCUGCGCGCUGAACUAGCAUCCCACUCACAGAGCGAGCUGAUCAACGUACCCAUGGAGCAACGACAGCGACAGCAGAAUCAUAUCAGGUCGAGGUCUGGUCCACGGGCUUGGGAGUCGCCUGCCUUGGCACCUAUAGCUAGUCCACAUACAAUCCCUAGAAGAGGAACCGACAACGGCAGUGGCCACAGCCACAGCAAUAGCAAUGGUGGUAGUCCGGCGAGAAACCAAGCCGGGCGGGUCAUCACCGCCGAGGGAGUUGUCCUAGGCGCGAAUCUGGAUCGAUACUCCAAUGGCAUGGAAAUCGGAGAAUCCCAGGCCCAGGGGGAAAGGGGAAGGAAGGCCGAGCGCGGUGAGACAGAUCAUGUUAUGAGUUUUAUGCAGUAUGGCGGGAGGCCGGAGGAUCGGGGCUUGGGAAACGGGCUUGGGAUCUCAACGGGUGGUGACCAUGCUUCCAACCCCCAGGGACGUGGGGGUAGUGCGUCCAGGUCGAGACCUAGGCCCGCGGAGCACAGUUUGGAAGAUGAUAUUGCGGCUGCGGAGGGUAAUGCUGACGUCCCGCCUGCUUAUGAGGCGGAAGAGGGCGCCCCUGGACACGACAUCAAGUCUCCAUCUGGAACGAUGGGUAUGAGCCUGAGAGGGGUUUGA